AUGUCUGAGAUGAAGCCCACGAGACCCGAGAUGGUCCGUUCCGUUCGUGUGUUCCAGGCGCUGCGCAAUUUCGGCGCCGCCUUCCGGGGAGUAGAGGCCGAUUUCUACUCCAUGAGCAAGCCCACCAAGAAGAUGCAGUUUUGGUCUCACAGCUGGCACGGGUCGAUGACGGCGAAGGUGCUGACCCUCUACCUCACUCAGAAUGCCUUCCCGGCCGCAUUCCUCAGCACCAUACUGGCCUUCUGUGUGACCAUGUUCUUCGCUCUGUCACGAAUACCAAGCCUGGACCACGUGGUAAGUACCUUCUCCGAGAGGGCGGUGCCCUGCUGCCUUCCGCUGGCUUUCGCGUCCUACGGGCUGGUGCUCCUUUUCUGGCAGCGGCAAGAGGAGGUGUUUGUGGACAAGCUCUGCAUCAAUGAGUGGGAUAGGCAGCUCAAGGCUGAAGGCAUCCUCAACAUUGGCGCCAUACUCAAGAGUUCGGACUCAAUGCUCGUUCUUUGGGACAAGACCUACCAAAAGCGCUUGUGGUGCUUGUUCGAGAUCGCCGCCUUCUUACACAGCCGCCCCGAUGGGCAGAAGCCGCACCUGGUCAUUCGACCAACACUCCUGGGGCCCCUGGUGGCAGUUCUCAACCUCGGACUGAUCGUUGGCUCCGGAGCGGCCUACCUCUCCGCCUAUGUGGCCGAUCUCACGUCCGAAGGAUCUGGCCCGAUUCUGCCAUUUUGGGUGCUUUUCGGGCUCAUCACGGUGCAGGUCCAGUUUGCUGUCGCCGAUCUCGCCCGCCGGUAUUGCAGAGAAGUCGAGGACCUGUCGCAGGAGCUCCGGAGCUUCCGCCUCGAUGAUGCCAGGGCCUGGUGCUGCUCCGUCGGCCACGUCAAUCCGGCCUCCGGUGGCUCCAUCCCUUGUGACCGCGCAGUGGUGGAAAGGUGCAUCUGCAGUUGGUUCGGAUGCGUGGAUGAGUUCGAACGGACGGUGCGGACGGAGGUACUGAGCAUCUUGGAUAGCCAGCUUUCAACAGCUCUGACCUCCUACUGCCGCAUCGUUGAAGCGUCCCCAUGCAUCCUCUGGGCAUUUGCCGACUUUUCUGUGUCACCCAUGCUUGAAGGGAAUGCCGACGCGGCCAUGCGGCUGCUGUUGCGCGGCUUCGCCUACUGGCUAGGCGUCGUCCCGGCAUUUCUCGCGGUACUCUAUAGGAUGGCGCACUGCUUGCGCCGGGCGAGAAGGUCUUGGUGUCUGGACAAGCUGGUGUCGAUGAUGCUGGCUUGCUUCGGUGUUUGCCUCUUCGUGUGCACCGCGGUUGCGGAAGGGGCCCUUUUCGGCCUACUCCGGCCUUGGCUGCCUAGGGCAGCCUACGGAGCUAUUUUCUGCUUUAGCAGCCUCACCUUGGCUGCUCUGCUCUGGAACAGGCCGCGCUGCUUCCCAAGGCGCCCUUUGUUCGGCGCCAGCGCGGCCACGCUUAGGGUUUAG